CGCAAGAUUUAUAAGCAAAUCAAAGGAGAUUAUUUAGAGCGGGCUCUCUUAGAUUUGAAUACGAGCCUUCCCUCCAGCCAAUAAGAUACGAGUUCACUCAAUGACUUAAUAAAUGUAACCAAUGAGAAGGAGAGACUGGAUAUAAAUAGGAGGCACUGGGACUAGUUUCUUCACAAGUUUUUGCGCUUUAUAGUGAAGUGAUUAUGGCUCGUACUAAGCAGACCGCCCGCAAGUCCACCGGAGGGAAAGCUCCCCGCAAGCAGUUGGCCACUAAAGCAGCCAGGAAGAGCGCUCCGGCCACUGGAGGAGUCAAGAAGCCGCAUCGUUAUCGACCAGGGACAGUCGCUCUCCGAGAAAUCCGCCGUUACCAGAAAUCCACCGAACUGCUGAUCCGCAAGUUGCCUUUCCAGCGCCUGGUCCGUGAGAUUGCUCAGGAUUUCAAGACCGACCUGCGGUUCCAGAGUUCGGCCGUCAUGGCUCUGCAGGAGGCCAGCGAGGCUUAUCUGGUCGGUUUGUUUGAGGACACCAACCUAGAAUUUGCAGCAAUGUCAGGACGCGGCAAAGGAGGAAAAGGUUUGGGCAAAGGCGGCGCCAAGCGGCACAGGAAGGUCCUGCGAGAUAAUAUCCAGGGUAUCACUAAACCCGCCAUCCGCCGCCUGGCCCGGAGAGGGGGAGUCAAGCGCAUCUCAGGCCUCAUAUACGAGGAGACUCGUGGCGUUCUCAAGGUUUUCCUAGAGAAUGUCAUCCGGGACGCCGUCACCUACACCGAACACGCCAAGAGGAAGACCGUUACCGCCAUGGAUGUGGUGUACGCUCUCAAGCGCCAGGGCCGCACUCUCUACGGCUUUGGGGGUUGAAUUUACUUAUACCUUUAAUCUCAUAUCCAAAGGCUCUUUUCAGAGCCACCAA